AUGAUCUCAGCCAAAGGUUGGUCCACUGUGCUCCUUGCACUCACCCAUGCAGCCGCGCUGCUCGCUCUUCCAGGUGCCACAGCCACCCCUGUCGCCGUCGACCCGUACAACGGGAGCGGCUCGCUCGAGUCUCGCGCCGCGUCCGAUCCGUCCAUGAACGCUUCGGAUCCCUUCUCCGCCUACCGCGCGGUGAAUCACACCCAAGAGUAUCUCGAUAGUCUGUGGGCACUGCUCGAAGACAAGAUGCCCGUGGUAGAGGCCAACAUCACCGAGGUGAUUCCGCGACCAAGCCAAGACUCGAUCUACGUACCGCCUGACCCGACUCAAAGGUCGGUGGUGCUUGGUUUGUCCGACGCCUACGACUGGCCUCCUCAGGGAGCCGCUUGCAACAAAGCUGGUGGGCUCAAGUUCCCCGACUCCUUCCGAUGGGGUGUCGCAACCGCCGCAUUCCAGGUUGAAGGAGCUGCCAAAGCAGACGGCAAGGCACCCAGCAACUGGGAUCUGUGCGGUCACUACUUCCCUGGGUGCAUCGCCAACAACCAGACCGGCGACGUAACAGACAACCACUACUACCAGUACAAGGAAGAUCUCGCCCGACUCAAGAAGAUGGGCGGUAAGAUCUACUCGUUCUCCAUCUCAUGGUCGCGCAUCUUCCCCUUCGGAAGCGGUCCGGUCAACGAAGCAGGUCUGCAGCACUACGACGACGUCAUUAAUGAGGCCAUUGCUCAGGGUCUCGAUCCCGUGGCGACGUUGCAUCACUGGGACACGCCGCUAGCGCUCGAGUUCGAGUACGGAAGCUUCCGCAACGAACGCAUCGUCGAUGACUUUACCAACUAUGCAGACACCGUCCUCAGGCGAUAUGGCGAUCGUGUCAAGACCUGGGUCACCUUCAACGAGCCCAACCAGAUCUGUGGCGAGUACCAAUCCGGCCUGCCGUACAACGUGACGUACAACGGCGAUUUGACCGGCCAGCAGAGUCUGUUCUACUGCGCAAAGAACCUCUUGCUUGCCAACGGAAAGGUGCACAAGCUCUACCACAAGCUCAUUGCCAACGGCACGCUGCCAAAGGGUGAGAUGGGAUUCAAGAACGACAACACCAUCGCUCUGCCUCACCGCACCGGCAACGAAGAGGACAUCCGAGCUGCCGAGAGACACGAUGCCGUUUUGCUGGGUCUGUGGAGCGACCCUGUCUACAGCACGGGUGACUGGCCCCAGAUCCUUCUCGACACGACGCCGGCUGACGUCUUGCCCCGCCUCAAUGAGUCGGACAAGGCCAUCAUCAAGGGAGCAGCCGACUACUACGCUAUCGACCUCUACUCGGUCCGAGUAGCACGAGCCACUCGGGCACCCGGCGGACUUGCUGCGUGCGAGCGCAACAUCACGCACCCUGACUGGCCCGGAUGCACCUCUUCGAUUGAGAGUGACUUCCAGACCAUCAGCUCCGACGCCACAGGCAACUCGGUCUGGCCGAUCGGCGAGCUCGCCGACCCUCGCUCGAGCUGGCUGUACAACUCGGCGGGUCUUGUGCGUCAGUUCCUCCGCCAGAUCCGCGACCGCUGGAGUGGCGACAAGGUGAUCUACCUCAGCGAGGUCGGUUUCGCUGAACCUUUUGAGAGUGAAAAGAUCAACGUCUCUCAGUUCGCACUCGACUCGGCCAGGACGCGCUACGUGAUUGAUCAGCUGCAAGAGUACCUGCUCGCCAUUCACGAAGAUGGCCUCAACCUCGGCGGUGUCUUCUUCUGGAGUCUGCUGGACAACCUCGAGUGGAACUCGGGGCUCGACCUCCGCUUCGGCCUUCAGUAUGUCAACUACACCAGCCACGGUCUCGACCGUCACUUCAAGCAGUCUUUCCUCCGCAUCCGCGACUACAUGCGCGAUCACUCGAGCCACUAA